AUGCCUUUGUGCGGUGGAACUUCGGAUGUUAAGCCUGCUGGUGCUGAUGUACAAGCGGUCGUGGAUAAGGUUAGGCAUCAUGUUGAGAACAAAAUGAACAAGAACUUCAAGGAAUUCACAGCGAUCCACUUCUCUUCACAAGUUGUUGCUGGCACCAAUUAUUUUGUUAAGGUUCAUGGAGGAGAUGAGGAAUACCUCCACCUGAGAAUUUUUGUUCCCCUGCCAUGCCAUGGGACAGAGCCAGAACUGCAUGGUGUUGAAUACCCCAAGGCCAUGUCCGAUAAAAUUGAGUACUUCAACUCUAAUUAA